AUGAUGAGCUGUGAGUACUGUGGGGGAAACGUCAUGGGCUUUGCGUUCUCAUGGGGUUGUGCUUUGGGUUGUAAGAAGUGGGAUUAAAGAGGGAUCUUUUGUGAGGUGUUUGAAGAUCGAAUUAAGAUAUUAUGUGGAAUUAGGGUUUCGCUUAUAAUUUUAGAUUCUUUUUGAGCGGCUGAAAGGUUCGUAUUGAGAUCCCAAUAUAUUUGCCCUGUGACUUUUCAGGUCAACGGCAGAAAAAAUAAGCGUCAGAAAUAGGUACAGUGGGGGACCUGAUCCAGUGGCAAAAAACGUACCAUUUUGCCUCCGGGAAGUAUCAAAAAUGUGGCAGAAUGCUUCCCUUCUCCAGGUGAAAAAACUUCGUUUUGAAGGGUGCGCCCUUUUUUCUCUCAAAAAGAGCGGGCGCGCUUUUCAAAUCUGAGUUUUUUCACUUGAAGAGGGAGGUAUUUUGCCACAUUUUUUGAUACUUCCUGGAUGCAAAUUGGUACGGUUUUUGCCACUGGAUCAGGUCCCCCACUGCGAAAUUAGAAAAAGUGGACAUGUUGCAAGAUUUGCCAAGUCUCCGCCGUGCGUCCGCCGAGCAUCCAAUGGUUUUGCCAAGCCUUGUAAGCACUUCCUAAAACCUCUCUUUUUGGGUAUCCACCUGCCUUGUAUCAAUCGAUUUUUUGUUGAUUCGAACUGUCGUCAACCUGAAAAGUCGGAAGGUUAUAUACUUCAUGGUGUAAAGGGCCGUUGCAUUUUCCUUAGCCACAGAAAAGUUGCCUGUAAUCUGAGGGUACGGUUUUGUUCGAACAACUAUUUACGAGUCAAAAAUGCCAAUUCCUUUGGCUCAAACAAACUCUAACGCCCACUGUAACACGCACAGUGGAAGCGCGAUGACCCAUAACAUUGUAAAAACAUUCUAUUUAAAACCUUUGGCCGUCAUUUGGUAUCUCAUCCACCUUCUUAUAUCCUGUGCACCCCCCUUCCGUGUUGUUAUAAAGGGUACCAGGAUUUGUCUCUUUCUUCAAGAUAAAGUCUCUUCCCAAGAUUUUUCUCCCUCAAACCGCUUAAAUUUUGGUGUUUGGAGAAAACCGCCUUGUUGAGGGAAUACAUAAGCCCAUAGCUGUGUAAUAUUGCCCAGCCCGUCAGCUAUUUAUUUGCAUUUUUGCAUCAUCAUUUGCCGCAAUAUGUAAACGUCAUGGUUUCAACCCGCGUUGACGAAUUGACGUCGGAAAUGCCGCUAGAAUUAACUUUGAACUUUUUGCUUUUAUCGCCCAAGGACUUUUUGGCGGUAUUUACAAAAUAAAGCGAGAAGAAAUGUCAAACAAAUCUCUGUGACUAAUAUUCCUUAUCUGUGCGCCGAUCGUGCUCGUAUUCGGGUUGAACUUAAUCGAUCAAAGACGAAUUUUCAAUUCAUUUCUUUUCUUUAGGAUCCACAGAGACCCUUGGCGACCGCAUGCCGGGACCACAGCGCAAGACGGCCAAUGCUGAAACCUUGAACUCCAAACAGUUGCUGUUGAAGUAGGUUUUAUAAUUUUCUUUGGCAGAGGGAGUAGUUGCAGUCCGAUGCUCAGAUUUUUUUAAAAUUUUGAAGACAUGGUGCUACUAGGGCAUUUAUCAAUAGCAACAAAUUUUAGCUUCCCGUUAGCAGGGACAUAAAAAGAGCGGCCAGAAAAAAGCAGCGGUCUGCGCCCACGUCACAACAGCGCGCAAAUUUUCAGGAUUUUUUGCGCCAAAUAUCAGUCUGUCGGGAAAAUAAUGUGGAUUGGUCGCGCCUUAAAACCUCUCCCCUCCCAUUGCCUCUCGACUGCAACUGGAGAUUUGUGGCACCGCUGCAACAAAGCAAUUUCUGCUGCGACAAAUUCACAUUAUUUUCCCGACAGGCUGACAUCUUCCAUUGCAGGGAGUAAGCGCUACAAAAAACACUGUUUCUGUUUGGAAGAGCUGUUAUAAAAGACCCACGUAGAAUUUGAUUCUGAACGUUCUUGAUAUGGGUUUUUCUCCUGCAGCCUUCAGAGACCCAUCUCGAACUCAAUAACCGCGCUUGUAAUAGCUAAAAACUUGAGAACGACAAUUUCAAUCAAAAAGGGAGCAAUAAAAAACGGUUAUCAAAAAGAUGGGAGCAGGUUAUUUGGCAAGAAAUUGAAACCAAGACCUGCAAUUGCGAAUAUUAAGAGAAACAGUUAGUAAUGGGGUAUAUAAUGUCGUUUCUUUUUGUAUAUCAAAGCGCGUCAAAGGUAGUCGGAAACAGUGGUCGUUGGAAUGUCAAAGGUCAGCUCGAUCACGUAUGUUUUCACAAGGGCGCUUUGAUAAAAAAUCUUUUGUUUACAGCGAAAAUUUGAGCCGAUUAUUGUAACCGCAAAAAAUUUUAAAUUUGCCUCAAGCGAGAGGGGCAAAAUUUCAAAACGAAAAAAUGGACUUGAUAUAUUUUUUUCUACAAAAAAAUCACUUGCUAUAUCGCUGAUUACAGUGUUGACACCGGGGUUCAGGACUGGAAUACGAACUACGCAGAGAACGAACAGCAGGACGACGACUUUAACGAUGACUUGGGGUCCGAUUAUCACGAAAGUUGGGCGCAUUUUCUCAAAAGUAAGCAAUUGAGGAUUCGCCGAUUUUUGAAGCAUGAAAAGUUUGAUUUUCACUUUGUUUUAGGACAUGGGAGAAAUGUGCUCCACUUCUUUGUGGAGGACUGGUUCCUCUCAGCCAUGUUGGGCUUCAUCACGGCCAUUUUGUCGAUCAGUGUGGACGUUGGCUACGAGUACAUGAAUCAUUGUGAGUUUGGGUGGCUUUUGUUUGAAAUACUCUGAAUCUGAUUUGAAAUACAGUGGAGGACCUGAUUCAUUGGCAAAACACGUAUCAUUUUGCAUCCGGGAAGAAUGAAAAAUGUGGCAAAAUGCUUCCCUCUCCAAGUGAAAACUCCGAUUUCAAAAUCGCACCCUUCAAAACAAUGCUUUUUCAUUUGGAGAAGGAAGCAUUUUGCCACAUUUCUGAUACUUCCCGGAUACAAAAUGGUGCAUUUUUUGCCACUGGUCCCCCCACUGUACUCCGAAUCUCUGUCUUACUAUACAUUUCUCUAUAUUUCCUCUAUCUUAGACCGAGCGGUAAUCUACGACAAAGCGGUGCAGAUCGACUACGUUCUCGGGUUCACGUCCUGGGUGACCUACCUUGUCUUCUUCUGCACCCUCGGCGCUCUCACCUGCAAAUACAUCUCGGUUCAAGCGAUUGGCUCUGGAAUCCCGGAGGUUAAGGUGAUUAUGAACGGAUUCACUCUUCAUAACUACCUGACAUUCCGAACUUUAAUCGCCAAGAUGUUAAGCUUGACCCUGGUGUUGGGCAGUGGAAUGCCGUUGGGGAAGGAGGGUCCGUUCGUGCACAUGGGCGCGAUUGUGGCUACAUUGCUCUCCAAGAUGACCCGACAGUGGCAAAACAAGGCGUUCUUUUCGAACGAAGGCAGAGAAGUGGAGAUAUUGUCCUCUGGUUGUGCGGUGGUAAGUUUUGCACCUAGUCCAUAAGAUCAAAAAAUCAAAAAAAAAAUCGUCUUUUAUGGCCGUUUUUUCACUAUACAGUGGGGGACCUGUUCCAGUGGCAAAAAAAGUAUCAUUUUGUAUCCGGGAAGUAUCAAAAAUGUGGAAAAAUGCUUCCCUCUCCAAGUAAAAAAAACGUUUUUCGAACUGCGUGCCCUUCUUCCUCACAAAAACAGCGGUCGCGCUUUUGAACUCUGAGUUUUUCACUUGGAGAGGGAGGUAUUUUGCCACAUUUUUUGAUGCUUCCUGGAUGCAAAAUGGUAUGUUUUUUACCACGGAUCAGGUCCGCCACUAUAUCUUAUCUCCUUUUCAGGGUAUUGCCUGCACAUUCAGCGCUCCAGCGGGCGCUGUGUUGUAUGGCAUCGAAUCCACUCACAAAUACUUUGCUGUAAAGAACUAUUGGAGAGCCUUUUUUGCCACAACUUGCAGCGCAUUGAUCUUCAGAUUUGCUAAUGCUGCAAUCAUCCCUCCGGACAUUGGUAAGUCGUCAUCUGUUGUCGGAAAAUAAGAUUUUAUUUCAGCCGGAACGAUCACAGCGUAUUAUCAGACAAGCUUCCCCAAUGAAGUGUUUUUGAUCGAAGAGAUCCCGGUCUUCAUGCUUAUUGGGUAAGAAUUAAGAGUUAUAGCAGAAUGAAAACUUUUUUUAGCGUUCUGUGUGGGCUAGCCGGUGCAAUGUUCCUCAUGCUGCACAAGAAAAUCACAACAAUUAAGAAGAACAGCCCGAUCUUUAAGAAGCUGUUUGGAACGAGGUAAGCAUAGGUUUUUAAAGCUUAAAAGUAAUGCAAAUUUUGGUAUUUGCAUCGUGUCCGGUUUAUCAGUGUGUCGGGAAAAUAUUGAGCACAAUUUUGAUGCGCCAAUCGCAUAAGUAAAAAGAAAUUUCAUUUUGCCGCGACACAUUUACUAUAACGAUGCGAUCUUUAAUGCGACAUAGGGCUCAUUAUUUUUUCCGAAAGACUGUUUAACGUCGCUAAAUUUUUAGUGGCUUCUCUUUCACCGUCUUCAUGGCCUUGGUUGUUGGACUGAUCACAUUCCCCGAUGGAUUCGGCAAAUACAUUGGCGGACGGUACACAUUCCGCGAGACAAUCAGCGACCUUAUCAGCAAUUGCACCAUGAGUUUGUACAACACCACCGCGAUGGGCUGUCAAGAGAGUUUUCUGCGGCGCUGGGCCACUAAUGGCGUAUUUGAAAGCGGCGUGCUUUUGCGGACACUGCUGGGAUACUUCCUUGUUAAUGUAUGUAGAAAACAGCACAUUCCAGAGGCUUUAUAAAGUGCUUGAUCUGAUGUAAACGUGUCAUUUUGCAUCCGGGAAGCAUCAAAAAUUCGGCAAAAUACCUCCCUCUUCAAGUGAAAAACUCCGAUUUCACAAUUGUCAUUGCCAAAAAACGCCCUCUUUUUCCGUUGAGGAAAGGUGCGAUCUUCAAAACGAGGUUUUUUAGUUGAAGAGGGAUGCAUUUUGCUACAUUUUUUGAUACUUCUUGGAUGCAAAAUUAUGCGUUUUAUGCCACUGGACCACUGGAUCACUGUAGUUCGCCACCCGUAUUCUUCUUAACUUCUACCUUUUUCAGUACUUGUUAGUUGCCGUUUGCAUCACGUUGGCUGUGCCGGCGGGAAUUUUCGUACCUUCGUUUGUCCUCGGCGCCACUGGCGGAAGAGUUAUUGGCGAGCUCAUGACCAUUAUGUUCCCUGAGGGAAUCCGUGGUCCCGAUGGGCCCCAAAUCUAUCCCGGCCUUUACGCCGUUGUUGGUAGGUUAAUGUGUCUAGACGGAGCAACUGAAUCUUAGGAGCGGCCGCCUAUACUGGCGCCAUAACGCAUUCCUUGAGCAUCGCCGUGAUUGUCUGCGAGACGACCGGGCAAUUGUGCGCGCUAUUGCCUGUUUUGGUGAGUAUAUACAUUUUUUCUGAAAUAUAUUGAUCAUGUAGAUAGCGUUGAUGAUUGCCAACGCGGUGAGCAGUUUCUUGCACCCUUCAAUUUACGAGAGCAUUAUCAUCAUCAAGAGGUAUCCGCAUUUGACGGAACUGCCGCCGUCUCGAAUUAGGUAAGCUGACUUUUCGACUGAUAUUAUUGGUAAUAUCAAACUUAAUCACAAAACCAAAUAUGACACAAAAUUAUUUUAGUGUGCACACCCUGAAAGUUGAGCAAAUUAUGGUUCGAGAUGUUGUCUACAUCACAAAGAAAACCACCUACAAGGAGCUCCGGGAGCUGCUCAUAAACACCCCUCAGCUGCGAUCAUAUCCCUUGGUCACUGAUGAUGGUAUGUCCUUUCAAAUCAACCAACAGCCCUUCAUUUUCAGAUGAAAAGAUUCUUCUCGGAUCAGUCGCCAGAAAGUACCUAAACUACUUGCUCAACGUGCAUCUCGGGGCGGAUCCGUUGCUCUCGAAUCGGCCCAGCUCUCGAGCGUCAAAGAAGAGUCCACGAGAGCAGAAUGGUCACACAAUGACCACCAAGACCUUCUCCGGAAACACCUUGUUGUCCAUAAGCCCUCUUCAUGAGGAUAGCAGUAAGUUGUAUUGGCGUGGCUUGUAAAUUUGCCACUGUCUUUAGAAUGUCAAACAACGUUGAACAGCAUCUUCCGAAGGCCCAAUCAGCCGUUGGAUCCGUUCAGCGAGAUCAGAGGGGUGAGUUGAAUGUUUGCCGAAACCGCCAAAGAUUGCUAAUACUUUUGCCUUCAAGCUGCUUGAUAACGUUUUGAUACAUACAGUAAUCAAGCUAACCGUUUAAAGUCCAAUGUUCUUUAGAGCUCUUUCAUGCGAGGGAUCUUUUCGUCGGCCUCGUUCCGAAGAGAUCAGCCCGACUUAACUAUGACACCUGUAGGUUAGGUAUUGUCUAGUGGCUAUAUAGACUCGUUAAAAGAGCUAGUGACUUGUGAAUAUAAUAAUUAGUCGUUGUGAGCUUUGAAUUGCCAUUUCUUGCUUUAACACCGAGUUCACCCACAGUUUGCCCCCACUUAACCCCGUUUGAUGUGCAAAGCUUACCGUUUUAACCUAUAUGCCAUUAAAAACAAAGUUAAAAUAAUUCUUCGUCCGCUUCGUUAACUCUACUAACCCGGCUUUCGUGUGUGUUUAAGCUGAUGAUAGUCUCUGACUUUCUGGACAUUCAGCCCAACAGCGCGCUUCGAGAUCACGCCAAGAAGUUGGAGAAACCCAUCAAUCUGGAUGAACUGGCGAUUGACUCAGCGCCGUUCCAACUGGUCCUGGGGACAUCGCUCUACAAGGUGCACACAUUGUUCUCGUUGCUCAGCUUGAAUCAUGCGUAUGUCACGCACAGAGGGAAGUUGGUUGGAGUGGUGGCGUUGAGAGAGGUAAGAAUUUAAUGUAGAUAUGCAUAAUCUCAAAACAAGAUAAAAGAGUCUUCACCGGAAGAAGCUGAAAAUAAGCGGCUAAUCCUUCUGUUGAGCAAAAUAGAUUUUCUAUGACUAGACCUUCGACUUUGUGGACUUUGUGCCAGUUGAAUAAGAAAUGUAACGCUAUAAAGAACACAGUGGGGGACCUGAUCCAGUGGCAAAAAACGUACCAUUUUACAUUCUGGAAGUAUCAAAAAAUGUGGCAAAAUACCUCCCUAACCAGGUGAAAAAACUCAGAUUUCAAAAGCGCACCCGCUCUUUUUGUGAAGGAAAGGGCGCGCCCUCCAAAACAAACGAGGUAUUUUCUCUUGGAGAAGGAAGCAUUUUGCCACAUUUUCGAUACUUCCCGGAUGCAAAAUGGUACGUUUUUUGCCACUGGAUCAGGUCCCGCACUGUAACCGAUUUGAGGCGGAAACGCUGCUUAUAUCAAUUAUUGUGGUAUUAGAAAACCCUAGAGGACAUAGCCCGCCCGAUCUUGCAAUUUAUAGGGCCGGCCCGAGAGCCAUGUCUUAUCAGGCCGGCCCGAAAGCCACCUUUCAAAGACAAAGACCGACCAUAAAAUAUUCAGUAUUCACUUUUUUUGGCACAUCCUAGGAGCUCAAACCUUUCUUUUCCAGCUCCGACUAGCUCUCGCUGACAUUUACACUCGUGGUGCUGUACCCAACCGAGCCACCAGCAUGUUGUCGAUGGCUCCAUCGCGGAACGUCUCGCAAACCCGCCUAGAAGAGAAAGGUGCCGAUCCCAGCCCAAAGUCGGAAGUGACGCAAGGCGAUGAUGGUGGAAUCUCAAUGGACGGUCUAAUCCGGCCCAGCGACACGGAUGAAAGUGGCCCCAAUAGUCCCAUUUGUGAUGCAUAA